CUGGCCUUCUAGAUGGUGCGCGGGCGACAUCUAUUGACUCCGCCCUUUUGUUAUGGCAGAGCUGACGCGUCAGAUCAGUAGAGGCCUUCGCUCAAAUCUUUUUACCCAAGUAACUUUUACAUCGUAAUACAUUUUUCUGAUGGAGAAAGCUAGCACUUUUGUUUGAAUAAAGACUGACAGGCAUCCUUAAUGCAGAAAAGGGCACAGGUUCUGACCAUUAUCCAGAAUCUAAGUGCCUGCUUUCAUUUUUCUUCGAAGUUGUUUCUUUGCCCUAAUUCUUGACCGGCGAGGAGACGCCGUGGACCGAUCACAGUCGCAGAAAAGGUCCCGGGUGGUUAUACUCGCAAGCAACAUAUUGUCUGAUAACGCACUCGGCGACACGCCUUUUGAGCAAGGGCCUCAGCGUCUAGAUCACGACGCAUCCUCGUCUCUGGAGCGAAUCACGAAACGGCGUCGCGCUGAGAGUUCGCCUCUGAUUCAGUCAGUUGCAGGAGCAAGCCCUGGCAAGAAUUCUACUCGAGAUAAACAGCGACUACUGAGGCAAGAGCACGCUGUCGCCACACCACCUAGCCGCAGCUCCUCCAAAGCUAGCCGCGCUUCAAGUGUUGUCUCUUCUAGAAAAGCUGACUCAGUUGCAAGUAGAUCGUCGGUACGUGGUAGCGCUGGGCGAAUUGUAAC